UAAGUCUUCCUCUUCCCUCUCUUCUCUUCUCUUCUUAAUAAUCCUCCACCAUUUCAUUUCAUAGCUAGAUUCAUAGCAAUAGGGUACGUAGCGAGCGAUCUCGUUAACCUUGUAAUUAAUUGCUUGUUCUCGAGGUGCAACAAUGGCGGAUGAGUGCAUGGACUUGCCCCCGGGGUUCAGAUUCCACCCCACAGAUGAAGAGAUCGCCACCCACUACCUAACGCCGAAGAUCCUCGACCACGCUUUCUCUGCGAGAGCCAUAGGAGAGGCGGACCUCAACAAGUUUGAGCCUUGGGAACUUCCGAGCAAGGCGAAGGCAGGGGAGAAGGAGAUGUACUUCUACUGCCUCAGGGAUAGGAAGUACCCCACGGGGAUGAGGACCAACAGGGCCACCAAAGCUGGUUACUGGAAAGCCACAGGAAAAGAUAAGGAAAUUUACAGAGGCAAGGGAGUGCUCGUCGGCAUGAAGAAGACCCUUGUCUUCUACAAAGGAAGAGCCCCCAAGGGCGAGAAGACCAAUUGGGUCAUGCAUGAGUUCAGGCUCGAAGGAGGCAAAAAUUCCCUCCCCAGUAGUCUCCCCAAAUCUGGACAGGAUGAGUGGGUUGUGUGCAAGGUGUUCCACAAGAAAUUAGGGGCACCUAAGAAAGGCCCUACCCCAGAUGGGAUUCUGGAGUCUAUCUCCUUGCCUCCCCUACUGGAUCUUCCCAAUUAUCCUGACUACUCGAGCAUGAUCAACCUGCCCAGCUCAAGCUUCCUUGAGCAAGAUCAAGCAGCACUGCUGUUUGAUUCCAAAGGCUUCGAUCAGAGCCAGCAGCUCUCAGUUAAUUCUGCUCAUGAUCAGUUGAGCUUCUUGCACCACGAUGAUGAGGCAAUGCUCAGAGCUUUGGCUGCCGGGAACAAUUACAAUGAUCAGGAAGCUGCAGCAGCUGCGUCCAGUGCCAUCAUUAGGAAGGACUGCAAGGUGGAGCAGUGCUCAAACCAAUCCUUGGGCUGCCCUUCGCAGGAUACCGGCCUCAGCACCGAUCAUAACACCACCGAGAUCUCCUCCGUCUUGUCGCGCUGCGAAUUCGACGACUGGACGACCUAUGGAUUCUACAGUUGAACUUAGGAUUUGGUUGUGUUGAUUCUACAUGACUACUAUAUAUAUAUAUACUUGUGUGAUACAUAUACUCUCACUUUGUAGAUAUAAAUUUCUCCUCUUUUUUUUUGGGCUAAUGUUGGAGUUUUAGUUAUUCUUUUGUGAGUGCUGUAAUUUCUUGUUCCAAUGAAAUAUAAUUAAUAACAU